CCGGGAGCUAUCCAGCAAACUGUGCUUCGCGCCCGGAUAAUAUCUCGUUCAGCGUUUCCAGGAAUGAGAAGCAAUGGCCAGCCCAGGCAGCAGCGAAGAGAAAACCUUCCGCAGGUUCCUAGAACUCUUCUUGCGCGAAUUUCGGGGUCCAUUCGGUGAAGAAGACCCCAUCCCCCUUCGGCCGUUCUCGGACCACAUCAUCGAGGAGGAGGUGGAGGGCGAGUGUCUGGACCUUUGCCUUCAACAGCUUUGCAAAUACAACUGCCCUUUCUUACUAGCAGCAGCACUGGCAAGAGCCACAGCAGAUGAAAUUGUGCAAAGUGACCUUUCCGCACACUAUUUACCAAAGCAUGUGGACAACACUGAUGGCAUUAUACAACUUGAGUCGGUAAAACUCGCACGCCAUAUCUUCAGCAAACUUCACGAGCUCUGUUGUAGCUGGGUCAAAGAUUAUCCACUAAGAAAAAAAAUGCAGCCAUAUUAUGAGACCUCUAUUCAUGCUAUCAAAAAUAUGCGAAGGAAAAUGGAAGACAAGCAUAUCUGUAUCCCUGAUUUUAACACUCUUUUCAACUUGGAGGAUCAGGAGGAGCAGGCAUAUUUUGCAGUAUUUGAUGGACAUGGGGGAGUAGAUGCUGCUGUCUAUGCUUCAGUCCACCUUCAUGUCAAUUUGGUGCGACAGGAGUCAUUCCUGCUUGAUCCAGCACAGGCACUCUGCAAAGCAUUUCAUGUAACAGAUGAGAGAUUUGUCCAGAAAGCAGCUAGAGAAAAUCUCAGAUGUGGAACCACUGGUGUAGUCACCUUUAUCAGGGGUAACAUGCUACAUGUGGCAUGGGUCGGGGAUUCCCAGGCUAUGAUGGUGAGAAGAGGGCAGGCUGUGGAAUUAAUGAAACCGCAUAAACCAGACAGAGAGGAUGAAAAACAACGCAUUGAAGCACUUGGAGGCUGUGUUGUGUGGUUUGGAGCAUGGAGGGUUAAUGGGAGCCUUUCUGUUUCCAGAGCCAUUGGUGAUUCUGAGCAUAAACCAUACAUUUGUGGUGAAGCUGACUCAGCAUCGUUUGAGCUGGAUGGAACAGAGGACUACCUCAUCCUGGCCUGUGAUGGCUUCUAUGACACUGUGAGCCCUGAAGAAGCAGUGAAGGUUGUAUCAGAUCACCUGACAGAGAACAGUGGGGACAACAGUAUGGUAGCUCACAAACUUGUGGCUUCAGCCCGAGAUGCGGGCUCAAGUGACAAUAUUACUGUCAUUGUGGUGUUUCUCAGGGAUAUGACUACACCAGUAAAUGCCAGUGUGGAAUCAAACUGGACUGAAAACUCCUUUGAAGGUGAGCAAGAAGAUGGGGGUGAUGACAAAGAAAACCAUGGGGACUGUAAGGGACAGCGACCCCAGCACCAGGUCUCAGCCCCUGCAGAUUUAGGGUAUGAUAAUAGAAUGGAUUCCUUCACUGAUAGAACUAGCCUAAGUUUAGGUCCACGCAUUCAGCUUUUCCCAGAAGAAUGCUAUAUAGAUCUAAUGAAGGGGGAGAAAAGCCAAUUCUGGAAUGCCAGAGCACCGCCAUUAACCAUGCAAAGGUAUCAUUUAACUGCACCAAAGAAAGGAGGUUUGACUGCAGGUUUAUCUGAAAAAGAACUACCUACAAAAAUAUUAUCUAUACAUGAUGGUGCAAGGAAAUAUCGAGCAUUAAAUAGUAUAUGCGACCCAAGAAGCCAGAUUUACAACAUAGAAAUAUCGCCUUCUUCAUGUCUGGGUUCAGAAAAUGCUCAGUGCAAAAGCUUGAAGAACAGCACUUCUAAUUCUCAACGGAGUCUUCAUUUCAUAAGACAAAGGAAAGAAGUUGGAAAGUGGAUAAUUCCAAAACCUCAAGCACUUCUCUAUGCCCUUGAGCCUUCCCACAAGCCAAGAGCCAUUUUACCAGUACUUGCCCGAAGCAAAGUUAAAACUAGGAUGCUUGUGAAACAUUCCAUGGUGAGGAGAAAGGGUAGCUACCAAGGUUUGCAGAAGCAGAAUUGUCUACUGAACCAGAACAGUUGUAUACCAGAUCCAGAUCUUUGUGCGUGUUGUCAAAUGUAAACAUAGUCCAUAUAGUUAAUAAUGGUAGCAAAUUUCUCUGCAUCACAGGGGAAAUGUGGGAUCAGCGGAAACAGGGGGUGACUAUUCUUAAAUAGUAAAACUGAUGCCAUUUGUCAAGGAUGUUUCUUUCUAAUGUGCACAGACACCAGCACAUCCAAGUGCAGAUUCUUCCAGCUUCUCCAGUAUGCUGUAUCUCACAGAAAAAGUGCUGACAUUAUGCCUGUGUCCGCAAAAAUAACUCCUAGUGGUUGCAAGCCAUGGUAACUUCCUAGAGUACUUGUACACAAAUACUAAUGGGUAAGGUUUGUUUGUAAUUUUAGGUCCACGAGUAUUAAAAUGUCUAAGUAAGGAGACCAGUUAUUAAGAACAUGACUGAAAAGAAUAACAUUAAUAAUUCUAAUGCAUUGCUUAAAGGGAAAAUAAGCAUGUCAUGAUCAGUAAGUCAUACUUCUGUACAACCCAUGGGAAUUAUUACUUUAUUCUCUGAACAUAUUUACUCAUCUGUCAUGGAAAAUGGUUUCACCAUUUCUUCCUCAUGUCUGUUUACCUUCAGUUGGAUAUGCAUUGGGUAUAGUCAGUGCAAUUCCUUCCUUCCUUCUUACUGGAGGUGUAGUACCAUAUUUCUUCUUUUGUAGUACCCAGUUAGAAAUUCCUGCCUGAUUUUCUUGAAGUGCUUUUAUUUCUCUGUACCUCACUGCAUAUUACUGCACCACGAUGGAGAAGUGAUCCAGUGACAUCAAAAGUUACAAGCAUGCCUCCAGCUCUCGUGUCUGGCACUGCUACUAGCACUGGUCACUCCAUUUAGUGACAUCACUGACUGCAAUCAGUUUGUGAUUGCUGAUGCAGACAAAAUAUACCUGCAUGGACUGCUGAAGGGAUGACACUGGUUUGGGUAUCUGGAUUUUAGAGUAGUGAGAUAAGGAGCAGUUCUGAGUUGUCUGUACCUGGAGAUGUCCAUUCAUAAAUGCUCCUUUUAUAAGGAUUCUACAGAAUGGCUGACGUAGGGUCAUGGUUUGAAAUCAUUAUGGACACUGUUUGUGGCCCAGGUUAAAACUAUAACUCCAGACUUGAUACUGGAUUUAAGAGCAUUGUGCUUACAAUUAUACCAUGUAAUGCCCAAAUUAUAGCUCAGGCACCUGUAGGAGCUGGCAUGUGAAAAGUGAAGUGGGCAGUUUCUGCCAGUUGGUCAAUCAUGGGGAGAGGAUGAAGCUCUGACUUGCCACUUGGGUGAUACCUUGUUGGAGCACUAAGUGCUACACUUGUGGAGCAGGCCUAGUGAGUAUGCACUACAGUAGUGCAGAUGCACAAGCCAAGGGAGUUCCCUAUGAACAGGGUACUCCCCUCAAAAGGUAGCAUACAGAGCAGCUUGGCAAGCCACAAACGGGGAGAGUAUGCUCCAUCCAGGGAGAGGGUAGGCCUCCUUGCACAACCACCAAGCUGGCCCACUGCCUACAACUCAGCUAUUGCAACUGGGGGAACAGAUGGAUCAACAGGACUUCCCAAGAUGAAAUAAACAGGCUCUCAGCUUGCCCAGGAAUGCCUAAAUUUCGCUGUCAUGGAAUGAAAUGGCCAAUCAUGUGCAGGUAGGUGAGCCAUCAAGCGAGGUCCUGCAGGGAAGCAAAAUAAAUGGUGCCAUUCACCCAUUUAAUCUGAAAAUGACAAUUUCCUGUUGAUUUUAUACAUUCUUCUAGGUUCCCUAUCUUAGUUUUUGAAUAUGGCAUGAUAGCUUCUGUUUUGUUAGCAAUCCAGAGUUACCUCUAGUCCUGAGAUAGAAAAUAAACAUGCUGACAUCAGAGGUAUUCACAGUUUUUGAUGAAAGGGAUUACAGAUGUGAAGGAUUCUGUUCCUUCUCUAGCAACAGGUUGUUGGUCUUAUUUAUUUAUUUGAUACUUUGGUGAAUAAAAUGGUUAAAAUGCCCUUUUUAGCCAAAACCCUGGACUAAAGGCAACUGGAAAAUGAGAGAGUUUAAUAUUACUAUGUGCAAAUGAUUCUACAAAAAUUCCAGUAUUGCAUACAGUCUAUAAUGUUAAUAAAGGGAAAUCAUUAUAUAUGAAACAAGUAAAUCAUUAUAUAUGAAACAAGUAAGUAGAAAUUCGUUUGAGUAAGACUAAACAAGGAGUAAUGCAAGUAAUUUACAUGCAAAUUUAGCGGUACAGAAAAAAGAGGUAGCUUAAACAGAAACUAGUAUAAAGAAGAGAAAUAGGUAGAAAGUAAAUGUGACAUGAAAGCCAAAGUAAAUGUCCAAAACCCAUGAGUUAAAUUACUGGUGAUACAGUUGUACAACCCUUGAGUAUUCCUGUCUGGGAUGCUUUCUGUUGCAUAUCUGCAUUGUCUUCCCUGUACCUGCCUGGUUUCACCUGAUGCUCUGGUCCCUCCCACUUUCCAUAAGCAUACCAUGAGUUGACUAAGAUAUUUUCUAAAUUGGCUGUAGUUGUCCAUGCCAUGUGUGAAUCAGCUGCAAUAAAAUGGUAUCCUAUAUAAGAUUAGUUCUGUGCUUAAUGCCUGCUGCGCCAUAGAGGCUCUGUCUCUCCACCACACUGAAAAUGAUAAAGCAAGGUAUCAGGAAAUGAAUGAAUAGUAAAUUAAAACAACUGAUAGGUAGCUUAAACGGUAGACUGUUCUAAAGGAAACUAAACACAUGAUAACUUCUCAGUGUAUUUCUAGUAAAGGAAACCAGCAAUGGUAAAGUAAGAAAAAAUAGAAAGAAGAAAGCAAUUAGUCUGAUGAAGGAAUAUGAAAUAAGUAUUAGAAAAAGAUGUUAGAUAAGUUAGAUGCGAGGAAACCAUUUGUCCAUUAAGAAGUUCUAAGAGUAUAAUUUGCGUAGGCAAUAUGAAGAAGAGAAGAAAAUUAAAGUUCACCUGGGGGUCUCUACAGAUGCAGUGGCUGCAUUUUCCAGAUGUUUGAGAAGUUUUCUUUUAAAGAGGAACAACUGUUGGGUAGUCUUACUGACUGUGAAAAUCAUAUUCCAGCGAAAAUUAUAUUCCAAACAGCUUAACAGUUUUGGAAAAUAUCUGUUCAUUUAAUGACAAGGCAGGGGUAUGAUUUCCAAUGAUGAAAAUACACUAAACGUUUUGGUUUGAGGGCAUAGCAGAGCUGGGUUUGAGUCUGUGAGCUGAAAUAAGGCAGUAGUCACAUGGUAAAAGUUUACAAAUGAAAGUACUGUAAAUUGGGUUGUUUAUCAAAAAUAAGAAGAGCAAAGCAGUGCUGUUUUCUAUGACCAGACAGCAAGGUAUAUGUACAGACCUUACUGAGAGUGGUUUGGAGAACUAAGGUUUUACAUGAAAAAGUAAGCCAGGUAUAGUUGAGUUGAAGAACUGAGUCUGAGCUGGAUUAAGAGUUGGAUAAUAACGGUUACUUUAUGAGAAUUAAAAGAAAGAAAUUAGUUUAACCAAAUUGCAGGAUACUUGAAAAGUGGUACUUGACAGAUAGUGACACUUAAAGGGUUAAGAAGAUGUAGUAAUAUAAUAAGGGAGUACUGAAGACUCUUUGUUGUACCAUAAUGUUCGCAGUAAGUGAUUUGUCAGGUAACUGGUGACAGGCUUUGUUUAAAUCAGAGUGCAGCACAUUAUGGAGUGCAGUAUCAGAUCUGCCUGAUAUGAAAAUUAAAUUGUCAUCAUAAAGAGCGGCGGGUAAACUGAUAAUAUUCAAGGAAUAGUCACAGAUAAUUAAGAGGAUAGGACAAAGAAUUAAUCCUUGGGGAAAUCUAAGGUUUGGUUGGCAGUACUAUAUAGCUGACAAAUCUGAAAAAUUUAGGAUGUUAGGUAGUUGCUAUUAAACUAGGUCACUGACUGCUUCCCAAGUCAAUAACAACAAGUUUAGAUUACAGAACUGAAUGAUUUACCACAUAUAACCUACUUCUUUGAUUUACAAAGGGGACACCUGUCAACUGUCCUUUGUCCGUACUGGAACAAGUUAAGUCAUUAAUUUGAUAAAUCUCAGAAUGAGUGCAGAAGUCAUUGUUAAACCCAUUUUGUGAAAGACUGACUACACUGCAUUUAAAAAUAUAAUCCACAACUUGGUUAUAAACUGUCUUUUCCAGAGUCUUUGCCAGGGAGCUGAAGAUAUGACACAGGAUGGUAAAAUGGGAAAGUAAUCUACUGGUCAGAGAGUUUUAGAAAUUUUAUUUUAGGCAGAUGGAAAACUCUCUGACAUGCUUCCUUUAUUAAGGUACGCCACUAUAUUUCAGGGAAAGGUCAAAAAUAUGACUUGGUUAUCUGGCAGUAGAAAAAGCUGAAAGCUUAGGGUGUAAUGGAUGCAGUUUAUCAUUGCUGUAAGAGCCAUGUUUUAGUAAAUUAACAAGCACAUUGGUCACUGCUGUAGUGUGGAGAUGCAUUUAAAUAAGAGAGAGCAGAGAUGUUUUCAAAAAAAUGGAUGAAAAACAUGAGUAGGCAUGGAGUCAGAAGUUUCUAUAAGGAAGUAAAAUUAUCUUGUAGCGAGAUAUUGCUUACUUUUAUGCGAGUGUGUGAUCAUUUUGUUAUUUGUUUGGGUUCGUUUUCUUCUUUUUAUCUUUAUUAGUAGUACUAUUUGACUGACUCAGUAGAUGUACAAUGGUAAAAGUUAGUUUUGACAAGCUGAGCAGAAGUUCUGCUUUGCAACUCAUGACCAACAACUGGUCAUGAAAUUUCUCCUUACUGAAUGUUUUGUGGCACUUUGGGGUCAUGUUUCUACUCAAACUCAACUUUUAGUUUAGAUUUUGUCUAUGGAGAGUUAAAGCCUCUAGCUGUAUAUUUGGUAAUCACAAAGACAGAAUUCUGAACUGCGAGGCACAAACUUGUAAACUUCUUCAGCACCUCAUUAACUUAAUACUGGAGAGCAUUUGACUCCAGGCAGUUGAGUGAAAUUCUAGAAAAAAAAAUAGUUUCUUGGUGAUUGAGGGUGACCACUUAUAAUGACAAACUGUACUUUCAUCUUUUUUAAAUUAACAGAAGGUUGGGACCUGAUGAUGAUUAUUGUCACUGCUGGGUAGAAAUGAACAACUGACAUCUGUUAGGUUUGUAGGCAGAAGACGUUACCCAAAAGGUAGUUAUGUCUAGUACGUGUAAUAAAAAAUGGGAAAAGGCAGUAAAGAAGUAAAGUGAAUGUGUUGGGGUUACAGUGCUCUUAGUUAAUUCAGACUGCAACUUCCACUUAAUAUAAAGUUAUCAUUCCUGAAAUGGUUAGAGGCAAACUAAAAUCCUUUAGCAUAAAAAAAAAAGAAAGAGGGGACAGGACAUAUAUAACACAGACAAAUGGUUGUGAUGUAAGGCACAGUUCCACUAUGAGUCAGAGUUAUAAGUGUCAGUACUGGAACUUGCCCCUACUCUUUCUAGAAAUGAACACCACUUUUCUUCCUUUUCAAGUACUGGGUCUACAUAUUCUAUUGCCUUCAGCAUUUUUGUUAAUGAGAGGAAAAAGCAAACUGUCUGACUGUAGGAAGGAUUUAAGAAACAGCUAAAACAUAUUUAUUUUCACCACCAAGCAUCCAGAAAGAUAGGUUUACUGUUGACACAAUGCUAAAAGAAAAGCAAUAGUAAAACAUUUGACGUUCUAAUUCCUAGAUAAGUAAGGGGGGUCAAAUGAAGAAAGUGUAAAGCAAGCACAGGGAAAUGAUAAAAUGGGAAUAUAAAAGGUGGUCUGUUAAUGAUUCUAGGUUUGAUUCAAUAUUAACUACUCGUAAGAGCCUUAAAAUAUCAGAAAACCAUAGGGAGGUUUAUUUUACAAUGCUGUUUUUUGAAGGGUAAUAAGAUUUUGUUGGCUAGAGAACACCAUUCCGAUAAAGGCACCUUGCUUGUUCGACCCAUCAAUCUCAACUGAGAUUUAAAAAAAUAAAAAUAAAAAAAUACCAUACAUGGGCAAAGAUAGGUGCCUUGGUCUAGGCCACUUUCUUUAGGCCACUUUCUUUACAGCAGGAAUAGUCUGUGUUUCUAUGAAAGUAGAAACCAGGUUGUGACAGGUUCUGAAUUUCUACAACAGAAAUGAAACAGCAUUGUAAUGAGAGGGUAUCCAAAAAGAUCAGGAUCUGGAAUGCCAAUUUUACUCAAGAUAAGACUGUACUAUAUUGGCUCUUGU